AUGGCUGCAUUCGAUGAACAUGCACAGGGCCUGUCCUGGAAAGCACUCACAAUGUUGCCGAAUAUGCACAAUCAGAAAGAAUUUGAAGAAUUUCUGAAGAACGCGGGACCCCGCCUUGUUGUGGUGGACUUUACAGCAAAGUGGUGUGGGCCUUGCAAAGUGAUUCGUCCUUUACUUCAUGAGUUGGCUGUUCGAUACGAAAAUGUACUAUUCUGUAUCGUUGAUGUGGACUUGGCAGAGGAUGUAGCCGUCCUCUGCAAUAUUGUUGCUGUGCCAACAUUUCAGUUCUUCAUGAAAGGAGAAAAGAUUUUCGAAAUAACUGGGGCUAAUGCAAAAAAGCUUGAAGAGAAGAUUACAGAACUUAUGUAA